AUGUUCCGCUGGCCUCCAACGCUCGACGCAUCCCCCAUUCUCUCCGCUAAGAAACUAGUAAACACGAGUCAGGUUCGUCGUGCUUUUGCUGCCGAACUUGUCUCGCACUUAGAACAGCAUGGUUUCGCCCGUCUGCGUAACUACGGCGUCGCUCCUCACACUACCAGGGUGUUGUUCAAUUAUCACUAUCUUUUUUUCAAUCUCUCUCUUAUUGCUAAACUUAGUGUUCGUCACCCCGGCGGCGAGGCCCCGGCAAGAGGAUACUCGCCGUGGAUAUACGAAAAGACUGCUAUUGUGCGGCCCGAUCUUCAUGACGCCCCGAACCUAAAUACAUUUUCCUCCCCUCAUUCACACCUGUUCGAAGUCUCCACUGGCUCUUCCAAGGCACAGUCUCUGGCAGCCCGUGAGCGAUUCGCUAUUGGCCCUCCUGGAGACUAUUCCUUUCCCACACCCCAGCUUGCCGAAGCACUGCUACCAGGAUUCAAUAGGACAACCCGGGGCAUAUAUCUGAAGAUAAUUAAAGCAUGUAACAUGUUACUCGACACGAUCGAGCUGGGCCUUGACGUCCCUCCAGGGACCCUCAACCCGCUCGACACUGGUGGCCUUGGGACUGAGUUGAACUUGAAUUUUUAUCCAGAGGUUGCGCGGGACAGGAUUGACGGUGGCGGUGGGGAUGAUGUGGCCAUGUACCGCAUCUUGCCGCACUUAGACCUUGGGGUUAUAAGCGCGCUCUUCCAAGAUGGUGCUGGUGCGUCUGGGCUUGAGCUUGAGGUGCGCGGAUUGGGUAAGGGCCGCUGCGAAUUCGCCCCCGUGUUCGUGGAGCAGGAAGGUGAUGUCGUACUACUAGUGUCGGACACGCUGGAGCGCUGGACAAACGGAAGAUUGCGCGCUGCUUUGCACCGUGUCGCGUUACCACCUGAGGCCGGGACGUCGCGCGUGCCGGAACGAAGGUCAGCCGUCAUGUUCUUGCGCCCGCCGCCGACUGCGGAUAUAGGUCCCAAGCCUCAAUUUGUAUCGGCCGAUAAUCCAGCUCUAUAUGAUCAUAUUACCGCUGGAGACUAUUUGAGACUCAGUAACAAGAAGCUUUAUUAG